AUGACGGCCAACAGCAGCAGCUUUAAAGACCGCGAGGCGGCGCUCCUGCGCGAGCUCUCGGCCUUGUACACGAAGCUGAACGACGUGCGCGACAAGCGCGUCAAGGAAGAGCAGGAGAGCGGCGCAGGCGGCGCCAGUGCCAAUGCCAGCGCCGACGACGGCGCGAAAGGCGCGCGCCGUCGUCGCCGGGUGCUGCUCGUGACGCGGACGCUGCCGUUUUGGCUCGUGUCGGAAGACGCACAGUCGCAGUGGCGCGCCGAGUUCCGGGCGCACGCGAGUCUCGACGGCGCCAUGGAGCUGUUCCAGUCGCUGCACGACAGCUACGACUGUGUGUGGAUUGGCUCGGUGCAUGGCGAGAUUGAGCCCAGUGAACAGAACACGCUGAAGGAGCAGCUGCUGCAAGACCGCAAGUACUACCCCGUGUUUCUCGACGAGAAGCGGGAGAAGCUGUACUAUCAGGGGUUCUGCAAGACUGUGUUGUGGCCGCUCUUUCACUCGUGUCCACCGACAACGGACGAUCAGAUUGCGCAGCACGAGAUGAUGGAAGACGGACAAGAAGACGACUGGAGUAUGGAAAAAAUGUGGCAAGCGUAUGUUGCCGCGAAUCAGGCGUUUGCCGACGCGGUGCAAGAAGUGUACGAAGAAGGCGACUUGGUGUGGAUCCAGGGCUACCAUUUGACGUUAGUGCCGCAAAUGGUACGGAACUUGUUCCCGAACGACAAGGUCUGUCUGGGUUUCUUCAUGCACGUGCCAUUCCCGUCGGCCGAGCUGUACCGGAUCUUGAACAACCGGGAAGAGAUCUUGACUGGCAUGUUGGCCGCCGACUUGAUUGGCUUCCAGACGUCCGAAUACGCUCGACAUUUCCAGAGCGCGUGUGUUCGCAUAUUGGGACUCGAAAGCAGUCAGAAAGGCGUGGAAUUGAACGGACAUUUUGCGCUUGUUGUCGAUUGUCCAGUCGGGAUUGAUGUUGACAAGUACACUGCAAUGAUGCAAUCGGAAGCAGUUCAGGAGCAAAUGAAACAGCUGAAGAGUCAAUUUGCUGGAAAGAAAGUAAUCCUGGGUGUGGACCAAUUGGACCAAACAAAAGGACUCGUGCAUAAAUUGCUGGCAGUCGAAGAGCUGUUCAUCCAGAAGCCGGCGCUUGCGAAGAAGGUGGUAUUUUUGCAGAUCGUGACGGGUGCAACAGUGUUCGAGUCGGCGUUAGAGUCUCAGGUUGAGUCUCUCGUGUCUCGUAUAAACAGCAAGUUGCAAGACAUUGGUACUGAAGGCCCUGUGCAGUAUUUGCAUAAAGAGAUCGCUGUAGAGGCUCUGAUUGCGCUGUAUGCGUUAGCUGACGCGCUGGUGAUUACACCCAUUCGUGACGGUAUGAACACGAUUCCAUUCGGAUACGUAGUUUGCCGUGAAGCCACGAAAAAGCCUGCUCGUUUGAUUUUGAGCGAUUUCGCAGGAUGUGCGCAGGCGCUGGGCAAAGCGCGAAUCGUCAAUCCAUGGAAUACUCUGGACAUUACAAGUGCGUUGCUGGAGUCCCUCCACGAUAAUGAUGAAGUGGUGAGUGCUCACCAGCAUAUGUUCCGGUACGUGAGCUCCUUCACCUCUCGGCAUUGGGCAGACACCUUCCUGGACAAGCUUGACGAACGUCGUGAAGAAAGCGCUGUGUCGGUGUCAGGGCGCGAGCUGAGUCGUCGGGAUAUGACCUCAGCCUACUCGCGUUCAUCACGUCGAUUGAUUGUUAUCAACUACGAAGGCGUGCUUGCUGUUGAGGCGUCCAUUCCGGAACUAGCUUACCCACCACAAGAGCUCAUCUGGCAGCUGUCUAUGCUUACGAAUGACCCACGCAACGCUGUUGUUCUUGUGAGUGCACGCAGUACGUCAGUUUGCGACCAGUGGUUUGCUGAGCUAUCGGGAAAUAUCAUUCUCGCAGCCGAGUAUGGGGUCUACGUAAAGUGGUCGGGGGACAAAGAGUGCUGGCACUGCAUGAUACCGGAUAUGGAUAUGAGCUGGUGGGAACACGUCGUGCCGUUGUUGGAGUACUACACAGAGCGUACACCGGGUGCGUACAUUGAGCGAAAAGAUAGUUCGGUGGCGUGGCACUACCGUGAUUGCGAUUUGGAUCAUGGAUUAUGGCAAGCGAGUGAGCUCUUGGUCUCGUUGCGCGAGAUCACGAGGUACCUGCCGGUGUCUGUGUAUCCAGGCAAUCGGUAUCUGGAGGUGCGACCGCAGAAGGUUAGCAAAGCUGCACUCUUUGAGCGCAUAUGGGAGUUCAUGAAUUGGUCAUCGCUGUUUCCUCACAAAGAUCCAGUAACAACCGACUACUUCGGAGAGCCGGUGUACCCACCUCCGUCGCCAAUGAUGAGACCGCGCGGGUAUCGGACCGAGCUACCGAGUGAGAUCGAUUUAGCAGCACCGAUUCUGGACCAUGUGGAUUCCCAGCUCACAGGAUCUGGCGGAGAUCGAAAGGAUGUAGCGAUAUUCAGCGCUCGGGCCGACGCGGUGGUAUCCGGUCAACUGGACGGGGUAGACGGGUCGCAGCCAGUUGAUUUUGUUCUGCUGAUCGCAUCGGGUGACGACCGAACCGACGAAGACCUGUUUGCGUUUCUCGUGCCUCCGCCGAUCGAUCUUGAAGCAUACUCCCGGCAGCUCGAAAAGGAUGGCAUGUCUGACGCGCAACGAAGUGUUGCCAAAGAUGCGGAAUACAACGGAAAAGGAGUCGACUCGUCAACUGUUGGUGACGUCGGCAAUGACAUACCUAACAAGACGUUUCGACGACUGUCGGAACGAGAGUUAGGGUCCACACCGCUUGAUGAGUCAUCGGAAAAGCGACGUUCAUCUCUAGCCCGGCUCUCUUCGCUGCCAAAUGUUGGGGAAUCCACGAUGUCGGGAAAAGAUGUGUCAAGCAUGGUGUCGCGUGCAAAACCUCCGACACAUGAAGGUGGUGCGAAGAUGUUUCCAGUGUCGACGCACAACCGGUCGUACAACGCGCUCCGCAACGAAAUCACGGAGAGGAGCAAAUUGACGAGUCGCGACUUCCCACCGUCUGCCGCUUUGUUCAAGGCCAUGAAGGCGAAGUACGGCGAGAGUGUUGGCCUUCACAGACUUCCGGAUACUGUGGCAGCCUGUUGGGCGCUUGUUGGUCCUCCUGACACGCCUCUGAAGGCAGAGAAUGGUGCCAAACCACAAGACAGUAGUGGGCUGGCGUCCAUGGAAGAGAAUGUCUCCGUUGCUGACAAGUCGGCAGCAACUCAAGGCUCGAACGACGCGGCUGCAGGAGGUGCCAACACAAGCACGUCAGCCUGCAGCGGGCUGGCCGCCCUGCAGCCUGAUGGAAACGGCAGCGGUGAGAAUGGUGGCAACUCACUGAGAGGCAGUCGAGACCAGGCUCAGAGCACGGAACUCUGUGAAGGCAAAGUGAUGGAGCAAAGAGAAGUGGACGAUGGCCGGUACCGUUUCCCUGUGAACACAUUUGUUUGCACGCUCGGCCGCAAAGUCUCGCAGGCGCCGUACUACAUCAAGAACUCGGGCGAUUUGUUCCAACUUGUGCAAGAGAUGGGCAUGAGCAGCCACAUUCGAAAACAGCGCAUGCUUUCUGUGGACAGCACUGGGCACAGUUAG